CGGAGCGAUAAAGUUGCACGCUCUAAACCUCGCACUAAAAGGACCAUCUCAUCCUGAAUCACGUGCAGUGUACCAUGGGUGCUCAUGCCUAUGAGCGCAGACACCCGAUCGGACACCUUGGCCAUUAGCCGGAAUUCUUGCCAGUCAUGACUGUUGUCUCAAGAGCACCAUAUCGCGACUAGUCCACUUUACAAUUGGUAUGUUGUUGAUUUAAGACCGGCGGGUGGAAAAUAAAAGCGAACGCAUUUCGGUUGCUCAGGAUCACUGUUGAGAUUUGUCUGAUACAGCAAUGAGGUACCAAGCGAUGAAGGCAGUUUUAGCGGUGUUGUUAGUGCUCGCGGGAGUUUCACAAGCCGCCAACAUACUCUUCAUGUCCGGGGUUCCAUCACCAAGUCAUUACAUCUGGUUGCGACCGUUGAUGUACGAAAUGGGAAAACGUGGACAUAACGUGACCGUGCUCAGUGCUGACAUUGAGAAGCCACCAGCGAACGUAACGUACAUACAUCUGGAAAACUUUUAUAGUACCAUGUACAAUACUUCGAUGCGGGAAAAGCUUGAUUUCUUCGAGCUGGCUAACCAAAGCCCAGCUAAGAUGUUGCAGCUUUUCGACGAAUUUGGUCUCAACCUGUGUGAGGCGGCUAUCAAAUCGGAAGGAUUACACUUUCUACUUCGCUACCCGAAGGAAUUCAAGUUCGAUCUGUUUGUGAGUGAUUUCAUGAUCGGACCCUGUAUACCUGCGAUCAUCAUGCACCGAUUUAAGGAUUUACCAUUCAUUCCUUCUACGCCCUACAAUGCACCAUCCACGUCAGCCGCAGUUCUGGGAUCGUUCGCAUAUCCAGGUUUGGUGCCCAAUCAUGUGUUUGAUGCUCCGGAAAGCAUGAGUUUUGUGCAGCGAGUGAAAAAUUUUUACUUCGAUAUGUACGAAAUGAUCAUUCACGAAACUUUUAUGCAUCCGGAGGCGGAUAAGAUCGUGCGCAAACUAUACCCGGACGCUCCCUCGACGUACACGUUCUACAAAAAUGUUCGUCUAUCGCUCGCCAACGUGAAUCCAGUGAUCCAGUACAAGGAACCGAUGAUGCCGAGCAUGAUACCGGUGGGAGGAUUACAAAUUAUGCCAUCAAAACCAUUACCAGACGACUUGCGCAAGGUUGUGGAGGGUGCCAAGAAUGGGUUCAUUCUGUUCUCCCUUGGUAGUAACGCACGCAGCGAUCUCCUAGGUCAGGAACGUAUUCGAAACAUUCUAAACGCUAUGGAGCGAUUGUCGCAGUAUCAGUUUUUGUGGAAGUUUGAAUCUGACGAGUCCAAGUUACCCGUACCGGUGCCGAAAAAUGUGUACAUCCGUGCCUGGAUGCCCCAGAACGAUUUGUUGGCCCAUCCAAACAUUAAGCUGUUCAUCACACACAGUGGAUUACUGAGCACGCAGGAAGCGAUUUGGCAUGGGGUUCCAAUUAUUGGGUUCCCCGUGUUUGCUGAUCAGUUCCGAAACAUCAACUAUUGUGUGGGAGCAGGUAUUGCAAGACGACUCUCGAUACAACACUUCCAAGCGAACGAACUUGUACAAACGGUGAAAGAGAUGUUGGGCAGCGACAACUAUAGUCAAAAGAUGAAGCAAAUGUCACGACUCUUCCGCGAUCAACCAGAAAGUCCGCUGGAACGGGCGGCCUGGUGGUGCGAAUGGGUGCUUCGUAAUCCGGACUCAAAUCUGCUACAAUCGCGAGCCGUUUAUAUGAGCUGGUUCCAGAAGUAUUCUUACGAUGUAAUAACGUUUGUUCUGGGGGUUAUACUUUUACUUGGAGUGAUCACAUGGAAGGUGAUAAAUAUUGUUUCAGGAAGAUUUCUAACUACAGGAAAAAAAUCAAAAGCUGAGUAGGGUGAGGUGUGGAAAUUUCUAAUCUGAAAUUAGUGUAGUGGAUCAAUCUGUAGUUCCUAUUAAUUUAUAAAUCACAUUUAACGUAGAGCUUCCUAAAUUCAACUUAUCAUACGCCCAGUGUGUAGACUUUAAUGGACUUGAGAUUUAACCUUUACAACCCUACAAAUGUACAAAUGUUUGCAGUAAAAAAGUAAGAGCUCGUUCCUCGUGCAGAGAAAAAACGACACAUUCUGGUUCAAAGCAUUAUAACCAAUCCUUUGAUCGUCUAGAAUUACUGAGCGAAGCUGGGAAAUCCUGCCGAUCCCUCCUCGCCUUCUGUUGGUACCAAAAUCACCAUUUGAGUCUGAUUGGUGUGACCAAAGAAGAUACCAGUGGUUACUCCGAUAGUACAGCGCUUACGUACAAAAACCGAUGGGCCCCUGAGAUUGCCUGAGAUCUGUAGAUAAGACCCAGAUUUUUAUGAUUGUUUGAUGAUAGGAUUCUGAUGUAGGAUUGGGCCUGAAAAUAAAAUCGAAAAUGGGUUUGAAUUGCGAGUAUCUAAAAUACGAUGUUUUUAUAAAAAAAUUAAAAAAAUAUUAAGGUACGAAUUAAACUCGCUUGUCGAGAAACGGCUGUACCUAUCUAUAGAUGAAUUGUAGUUUCUCUGUUCCAUAGUGUCUGUGUUUGCAGGCAUUGCUUCUUACUAGAGCAGUAAAUUGGAAGAAAAUAUAGUUUAGAAAUUA